UACUUCAUGCUGCAAGCAAAAGUGUGUCAAACAGUCAAACCAUGAAGUACAAAAUUUGAAUGAAGUAUAAAUUUGAAAAGUAGGCUAAAACGAAUUAAUUUGACGAUUAAGUGGAGCUGCGUUUAUAUCUCCCGUGUCCCGUCUGUGAUCUCGUUCUUUUGUCUCCAAUGUGAUUAUGUCAAUGCACACAAUCUACUUAUCGCGUCUCUCCAUUACUGAUAAGAAUUCUUUACCAUUUUGUUGAACUUUAUUAUUUCAGUCAAUAACAACUGUUACCGAGACGCCGUAACGAGAAGUCUAACACCAACUUGAAAUUCAUUAGAAAAUUCUUUAUUUUACCCUAAAUCACAAUACCUAACAGCAUAAAUAAACUAAUAAAAGAAUGCUUUUUAUCAACAGAUGGUUUUUGGGUGUUAGUUCCCUUUUUUGGCUAAUUGAAUUGCCUCGCGUUGGUUCUGUGAAAGCAGGAACAACCGAGGAACUAAUAGAGGAAAUUCACUUCCAAUUGUUUACAAGGGAAAAUCCCAAUGAGCCUCAAAUACUUGAACUGGACAAUGCUACUUUACUGCACCAAUCCAAUUACAACAACAGUCUGAAAACCAAGUUCUUUGCUCAUGGACUCAACGGUUCUCCCACGUAUAGCUACCCCACAAAAGACGGAUAUUUGGAGCGGCAGGACUGCAACUUUAUUGCCAUCGAUUGGUCCACCAUGGCAACAGGGAAUUAUUCUUAUGUCUCUACCAAUUACGUGCCGCUAGCUGGAAUGCUCACCGGCAAAUUUAUCAAUUUUCUCGUAACUGAAGGGGCAACACUAGACGAUUUUCACCUUAUUGGCCACAGUUUUGGGGCGCAUGUGGUUGGGUUUGCCGGAGCCGCAGUUACAUCUGGAGAGAGGGUAGCCAGAAUCACAGGUUUGGAUCCUUCUCACACUGACGAGUUUUAUCCGCUAGAAGAUACUGAUGGGAGGCUGGACACGACUGACGCUCAUUUCGUCGACAUCAUCCACACGGAAGGUCGCUUCACGGUACCAAUCGGCCACAUUGAUUUUUUCCCAAAUGGCGGACUUGUCCAACCUGGAUGCGACGGUGUCAGCGGAUGCUGCGCCCACUGCCGAGCUGUCGAUUAUUUUACUGAAUCCAUAACAACCGAGAUAGGAUUCCGUUCUAUUUAUUGUGAUUCCUGGGAUAAUUACUUGUCUGGCGCCUGCGAUGAAAACGAAUCCGUUUUAAUGGGAGAAUACGUCGAUACAUCAGCUAUUGGCGCCUUUUACCUGACUACCAACGAAGUGUCUCCAUUCGCAAUGGGAUAGGCCAACAGAACUAUUUUUUGAAUCGCAAAUUAAAGAAAAAAAAAUUUCUACUUCAGAAAUUCUGAGGCUAUCUAUUUUUUCCAUACAAUAUAGAUCCCGUUAUUAUCGUGCGUUACUGUCAAUCACUUGUCAAUCAUUAAAUAAAAACUUCAAGUGAUAAUAUAAA